GAACAAGAAUCAACCAUAUCGAAUCAGAUGGUCAACUAGACUUCACCUUUCAAAAGCCUCGACUAAACAUAUCCACCAAUCAGCGAGGAUGCUACUAACAAAGCCAUCCAUCAGACUGAUCGCCUUACCUCUCUCGAAGCGAUCGAACACGCUGAUCUACUUCUAUGCUCAGCAACUCCCUUCGCUGGCCGACCAGAAAUCGAGCGAAACCAGUCUUCCAAGCCACGCUUCAUUCAACCUAUCACCCUCUUCUCUGAUCAAAAAAAUGACGGAUACUGGCACGAAACAGUGGAAUAAGUUGGCUAAUUCAGCUCAUGGUUCUUGGAAGUUGAAGAUUUAUAACACGGGAGAACGGAUGAUGGAUAAGAUUCCAUUCGAAGAAUGGGCCUUGAAAUCAAUCGAUCCUCCACACAUUCCACACAAGAUUCUUCCAUCCGAAAGCCACAACCAAAAGAAUCAAACUGAGCUGAAAGAAGCACAAAAAACAAGCCAAGUCAUUGAAUUGCUGUAUCCAGGCUCUCUAUGUGUGGAACGAGAACUCAUGAAUGGACUACAGCACUCGAUGGCCGAAAGCGAACCGUAUCACAGGAAAUGGAUGAAAUUGAACAUUUUUCUAUCUCCUCUCACUUUACCUUGUGCCAUAGUACCUCUAAUUCCCAACCUGCCAUUCUUUUACAUGAUGUGGAGGUCUUGGAGUCAUUGGAGAGCAUACAAAGCAUCACGUUAUCUACACCAAAUGCUCGAAUCCGGACACGUCCGUCCGAUCGCCUCCCCGAUCCUCGACAGCCUUUAUGCCCACACCCAGAAGCAUGGAAAGGCGAGCGAUCGGAAGAGAAUCAAUGGACACGAAGCCAACUCGGAAAUCAAUGAGAUGAUCUUGUCGCAAGAUAUGGUCCUCAAAUUGCAGAAACAACUCGACCUGCCCGCCGAAAGUGUUACUGAAAUCUUUCGAGGAAUCCAUCAAGCUCAACAGCGCUUAGAAAAUACAUCGACCAUUCCUAAUCCUUCUCCUUCUUCCGACUCAAAUCAUUCCUCACAUUAAGGCUUUCAGACCUCUUCUCGAGUCAAUCCAGUUUUCCACAGUUAUCAACGCCUAUCACAGGCGCUUCUGUUUGGUCUUUCUUUUUUUUUUUAUGUUAUUGUAUUUAUCACUUGGAUCCUUGUUGAUACAUCUAUAGAUAGAUAGAGAUUUAGAUUUCAAUUCAAGAAUAGAAACCAUCACUCUCUUCAUUCUCCAAAGUGCAAAAGAAGUAGAUGUAGCACUUCAUUUUUCUAAUAUUGAUGUGGUAGUUCCAUUAGUUGGAUCUCUCUUCUUUGCUCUGUCUGAAUCGCAAUGGUCCUGGAACAGUCUUGGAUCUUGGGGGAGAAGUUCUUCGUGGGCAAAAGAUGAUCAAGAUACUGAACCGGUUUCCCUUUGCAGUACCAAUAUACAAACAGAACUUUGCUUAUAAUGAUUGUUCAUGAUUGGAAGCUGCAUGAUGUUCCAGAUACAGUGAUCCAAUGAAUCUCACCUAUAAGGUAC